CCAUGUCUGGAACUCUAGAACAAGAGAUUCACAAGGACAUUAAGAUACAAGAAGAAGCAUUUUUCAUGAUAAAAGGGGUACGCCAGCCUCGUGACAUCACAGAAGAUAAAACUGACCUCUGAGGCCGUUUACUGACUUGUCUGUUGCGCAAUGACUUGCUGGACGAUUUAGGAAUGACUCUUUGAUUUUCCUUGUCUCAGUUUUCUCUCCAUGGUGCAGCUCUAAAACACUCCAAGACUCCGCUGAACCUCAUCAUCCUGAAAGUUCAAGUUCAGACAUGGAGCGAGCAAAUUCCACAGGAAAAUGACCCACGUCAGAUGCAAAAUGCUGCCACAAUUCAUCCUGCCAAGAAGUUCCUUGUGAUUCUGGCUGAACUUGUAGGAAGAAACCAAAAGCGAACCCACUGAACAUGAAUUGGGUCAACGAGAGCGUGCCACAGGAGUUCAUUCUGUUGGGUUUCUCAGAUCGACCAUGGCUGGAGUUGCCGCUCUUUGUGGUGUUUCUGGUCUCUUACAUACUGACUAUCCUAGGCAACACGGCCAUCAUCAUCCUCUCCCGCCUCGACUCCAGGCUCCACACCCCCAUGUACUUCUUUCUCACCAACCUCUCGCUGUUGGAUCUCUGCUACACCACCAGCACAGUCCCGCAGAUACUGGUGAACAUUCGCAGCCCCCGCAAGGUCAUCAGUUACGGCGGCUGCGUGGCCCAGCUCUUCAUCUUCCUGGCAUUGGGCUCCACCGAAUGCCUGUUGCUGGGCGUCAUGUCCCUGGACAGGUUUGUGGCUAUUUGCCGGCCUCUUCACUACUCGGUCAUCAUGCACCGAAGGCUUUGCCUGCAGCUGGCCGCCGCAUCCUGGGCGAGUGGCUUCAGCAAUUCGGUGCUGCAGUCCACCUGGACCCUUCAGAUGCCUCUGUGUGGUCACAAAGCAGUGGACCACUUCUUCUGUGAAGUGCCGGCACUGCUCCAGCUGUCCUGUGUGGACACCACAGCUAACGAGGCCGAGCUGUUCUUCAUCAGCGUGCUUUUCCUUUUGAUACCUGUGACGCUCAUCCUCAUAUCCUACGCUUUUAUUGUCCAGGCGGUGUUGAGGAUCCAGUCUGCAGAAGGCCGGCGGAAGGCCUUUGGGACGUGUGGCUCCCAUCUCAUUGUGGUAACGCUAUUUUAUGGGACGGCCAUCUAUAUGUACCUGCAGCCGCCGUCGCCUGCCUCCAAGGACCGGGGGAAGAUGGUCUCCCUUUUCUACGGAAUCAUCACCCCCAUGCUGAACCCCCUCAUCUACACUCUCAGAAACAAGGAGGUCAAAGGUGCUUUUAAGAGGUUGGUUGCAAGGGUCUUAGUCAAGAAAUAAGACGCCAGCAGAGUGACAGACCUUGUAAAAGACGCUGUUUGCUUUGUUUCAUCGUUUCAUUCUCUGCAGCUGGUUUCAUUUGCAUUGUUCUUAAAAAG